AUGGAAUCCUGGACUUCAAUUCCUUCGGAUCAAUGGACGCCGGAGACCAUUACUCCCGAUCUUACACCUGCAGACAGUAUUUUAAUUGCGCCCUUGAAAUUUAAACGUCAUGAUGUGCCUAAUCGCAAACCCGCAUCCUCAUCUCUCAACACAAAUAUGCAAACGCCAGUCUAUUUUCUGCCAUACAGCCAGCAACGGCAGGUUUGUGCCUUUGAAGACUGCAAACGCGAUACAAGAAAAUUUGGUCGACCUGGAGAUCUUCUGGCGAACGGUGUAGCACAAAAUGAAUGGGGUGGGCGUGACAGAAGUCACAGUCGAAACCAGGUAUGUCAAAUACUACAAAUAUCUCAAUCUUUGGGUAUAUCAGAAUGCUAAAGCAAGUUAGUAUAUUAAAAAUGAAUCAAAGGAAAGCCAUUAUUUGAAAGUGGUCGAUGGGGAAAACGUCCACUUGAUCGAAGGGGAACUGGAAUCUGUGUUACACCCAUUUUGUCGACUGCCAUAUGCAAUGGGCGCUGAGGAUAUCAGCUCAGGAGAUGUGGUAGUGACUAUGCAGCAGCGAGAUUCUAGCUCUCCAACUUCAAAUACAGAUGUCGUUGCUGUCUUGGAUUACACCUCACAGCGAUUGAGGCCGAGAAUAGAAGAAAAUGUCCGAAGUCAAGGCCAGAUAUCAAAAUUCAUCAGAAAACGUUUGGCAGAGACACAAAGUCUCGUGGAUUCCGACGACAUAUCACACCCCACAGAAUCGAGCUCGGUUAGUUGUACUUGGUAUAGGUCAUCUUCUUCUGCGCAGCUUAGUUUCAAAUCGAGCAGGAAAGCGCAUAUGGCACAGGAAGUGCUUGAGCGACAUUUGCUGUUUGGGCGUAUUAUAUCGCUGCAUUUGCUCACCUCCGAAAACAUUUCAUCGGACGACAGUGGCAAGGCACUUGUCACUCUUAUUGUUGGAAAUCUUGACUCGAGAACUAGUCGUGAUCACUUUGAAGAGAUAUUGACUGGAAAAUUGACGCCCGAUAACAUCAGCAUUGGCUCGCCCGAAAACUUUGCGGACACUGAGGCUGCCACAAUGGUCAAAAGACUUCUACGGCAACAUGGUACCAUUUCUUCGUUUCAAUUUAAACUAGUCGACACUAUGAGUACCAAAAUAAGAGCGUACGCAACAUUCGACAAUCAAGAAGGUGCCAUCAGUGCAGUAAACUCUCUCCACUCUAUGGAUAUUGGAAUACGUACCGGCAGCUUGUUAUCCGUCAAACAUAUCAUUUCUAUCAAUUUCAGAAUUCCCUUGUUAAUCCUCGAUUUCUACCGAACUGAAUUAAGAGAAACGCACUAUGAAUUUUGGGAAGAUGGCCACCUCCAAUACAAGAUUUAUCAACCCAUCGAUUAUGAGAGCGAUUCCGUCGGUCUGCGGUUAUUCGGUGACACUGCAGAGAAGAUUGCGGAGUCAAAGAAGUCGGCCGAGAGUUUUCUGAACGGAACUAUUAUAAUGACCGCGUAUUCUCCUAUUUGGCACAAAUACUUCCUGAAAUCGGGUUCCGUUGAACAUCUCGAGGAGCUACAACGUAUAUAUGGCCUGUAUAUACGUUAUGACACUAAGCAAUACCAGGUGUUGAUCUAUGGGGGUAGCCCUUAUCAAAGGAAGGAAAUACAGCAUCAGUUGAAGAGGAGAAUCGAGAAUCUGCGGAGACGGACUCGUCAGAUUGGGCUAUUGCCACCUUCCUCUAUCAACCAGAGCAACUUUAGAAUAAUAGCAUUAUCUUCGAGCUGA